AUUAUCUUCAAACAUAGAAUUGCAUAGAAUUGUCCUGCAUUAUUUAUUUCUGAAGCCUUUUGUUUAGAAAUAUCACAAUGUUUCAAUGGUACCAGAGAAGUUUAGUCCAGCGUCCUCUGUUGACGCAAAGCUUGACAACUGCGUGUCUUUUCGCCGUCGGAGACAGCCUCGCUCAACAAGCCGUUGAGAAAAGAGGUAUCGCUCAGCAUGAUGUGAUCCGUACUGGACGAAUGGCUCUUUAUGGCGGAGCUGUUUUCGGUCCCCUGGCCACAAAAUGGUUCCAGGUCCUGCAGAGGCGCAUCAAUCUGCCCUCCGCACAACGGACUGUCCUUGGACGCGUAGCAGCCGACCAGUUACUAUUUGCUCCUACCAUGAUCGGAGUCUUUCUGUCCAGCAUGUCCGUCUUGGAGGGCGGAAGUCCCAGCGAAAAGUUGGAGAGAUCGUAUUGGCCCGCGCUGAAAGCGAACUGGACGGUCUGGCCGUUCCUGCAGCUGGUGAACUUUGCGCUUGUGCCGCUGCAGUACCGGGUGCUUACGGUCAAUGUGCUGAAUAUUGGAUGGAACUGCUUCCUGAGCUUGUUGAAUAAUGUUGGCCCGCAGGAUGUGCCUCUUGUUGCUUAAGCGGAAUUCGCGCUGUCUCUAGAUAUAGAGUGUACCAUAUUUGCAUGUUUAUAGACUGUUAUAGAACAAGGUGACGACUG